AUGUCGGAACCAAACUCUACUGUAUCAUCGCCACCCCGCAAUGAUAGACAUGAAAAAGACAACAAGGACCGACCGAAAUUAAAGAUUCUAGCUUUCCACGGAUAUCGCCAGAACGGUGCAAUCUUUAGGGCGAAGAUAGGAUCUUUUAGGAAAGCUGUUUCAAAAUACGCGCAACUAACCUUUUUCUCGGCUCCUCAUAAAGUCGUGAAUGAGGAUGAAGGUGAUGAAGAUAGCAGGUCAUGGUGGUUCAAUGCUGAGGACAACUCUUUUAGUGGCAAAUGCUUAGGUGGACCAGCAAUAGGCUUUGAGGACACCUUACAUUUGAUUGAGAAAAUAGUCAAAGAAUAUGGACCCUUUGAUGGUUUUAUGGGCUUCUCUCAGGGAGCUUGUUUAGUUGGUAUUUUGGCAGCUAUGCAACAGAAGGGAUAUUUGCCAUACACUUUUCAAUUUGCCAUAUUUGCAUCAGGAUUUCGCUCUGGCAGCUUGGUCCAUAAAGGAUUUUAUGAUGAAGAUAUAAAUCUUCCAUCAUUACAUGUUUAUGGAGAAAGUGAUUCUAUUAUACCAAAAGAAAUGAGUGAAUCUUUAAUAAACUUAUUCAAUAAACCUGUUGUGGCAGAACAUUCUGGAGGACACUAUGUUGCCUGUUCUGGGUCUAUUAAAGAUGCAUAUCUUGAUUUUCUACAUGAAAGAUAUCAAGACAUAAUAGAAGAUGAUAAGAAUGGAGAUGGAAGAAAUUCG